GAAGGGUAGCUGAAAAAUUCAGACCCAGCACAGUGUUUAUGUUCGUCAAAAAUAGAAAACUAUGUCUGACGCCGCUGAGGCGAGAGGACCCUUCAGGGCAAGAGCAGCCUAGCAACAUGGUGCAACCCCAUCUCUGUAGUCCUACCUCAGCCCCCCAGCUACUUGAGCCCAAAGGUUCAAGGCUCCAGUGAGCUAUGAUCCAACCAUAGCAUUCCAGCCUGCGAGAUUGAGAUGAUGAUUAUUCCCCACCUUCUAAGAGACAGAGAUCAACGAGCCACCACAGCUACCAGUCCCAGAACCUGCCAAUGCUGGGGAACGGAAAAUGAGGGAGUUCAACUCUGGCCCUCACAAUCCAGUGGAGGAGACGAAAAUCAUCUGCCUCUGUUCCUCUGGGCACGCCUCAUGCCAGGUUGCAUCUGUGGACAGGGGCCAUGCUCCUGGGCUUCGAAAGUUGGAGAAAGCUGCCAGGCUCAGGUCUGAAGGCCAGAAUUCUCCAGUAAGUCCUGCUGAGUCAAGGUGGGAGCAGGGUUGGUGGCUUCCGAGGCUCUGCGGGAGAAUCCGUUUCCUGGCCGUGGAGGUGGCCUGCUCUCCUCAGCUUGUGCUGCCCGUCUCAAAGGACUGGAGAUUCCUGCUCUGUCACUACACCUCCCACCCUCUCCAUCACCUGCUCUGCUCUUAUAAGGAUCCAGAGAAAUGGAAUAAUCGUGUUGCUGAUCUACGUAAACAAAUUCAAGAAUUGUCUGAAAGAAAAUAUGAACCACCUAAGCUGAAGAUUCCCUUGAGAACAAGUACUGUCCUGUGGUUUCAUGACCUUUCUUCCAUUUGUGGUUCUUGUGAAGUGGAAUUUAAAUGACAUCUUAUCAAGAUGGAUAAACCCUAGUUUCCCAGUGCUGGAAUAUAGAAAAUGAUGGACAAGUAAAUCCCACUCAGCACCCAUAGUCCAGGCAUGGGGACCUCAACACACCUGAGCCCCAGACAUCACCUUUCAUUAAUGUCUUUUUGUCACUUCUAGCUGGACCUACCAUGAAAGACUUCUGAAUCCAGGAAGAGAGACUGACUGGGCAACAUGUUAUUCAGGUACAAAAAGACUUGGACUGUAACUCAAAAAUGAUCAAAUAAUAGUGCAUGCAUCAAGUGCAAUGGGAAGCUCUUCUGGAGAGGGAGAGAAGCUUCCAGUUAAGGUGACAUUGAAGCCAAGUCCUGUAAGAUGAGGAAGAGUUGUAUGAGAGUAGGGAGGGGAGGGAAGGGGGAGGUGGAGGGAUGGGGAUUGGGCUGGGAUGGGAUGGAGUGAGCUGCCCAGGCAGGGAAACCAGCACUAUACAGACCUGAACAAUGAAGAUGGCACAUUUUGUUCAGGGAAUGGUGAAUUAAGUGUGGCAGGAAUGCUUUGGAGAGACGGUCAUUUGCUUGUAUGGAAUUUUGCCCAAGAGACCUCAUUACAGUUUCUAAUUUUUUGAUGUUAUCAUGCAUCACUGCCCUUGUCAGAUAGUAUCAUGAUCACAAUAACAUCAAGCAUAAUAUUUCAUUGAUUCUCACAAAAACAGGUGGGUGCCACAGUUAUCCCCAUUAUGUGCACAAAAUGAUGAAGACUUGGGGUUAAUGAGCGAUUUGCCCAAGCUCACCUGAAUAUUAAGACUGAGUCAAAUGUUAGUCUGGUCUGACUUUAAUGCUUGCCUUGUUCAUGAGCACCAUCCAUUGCCUCUCCUAUGCAGUUAAGCAGGUAGACAGGUGAGAGAAGAGCCUGUGUGAUAUCGGGGGAAAUUCACCCCUGAUAUUUCAUGUAGGUUCUUUUCUAUUUUCCCUGAGUGUCAGCCGGUCUGAGAAAUAAAGGGAAAGAGUACAAAAGAGAGAAAUUUUAAAGCUGGGUGUCCAGGGGAGACAUCACAUGUCGGCAGGUUCCGUCAUGCCCCCCAAGCCGCAAAACCAACAAGUUUUUAUUAGUGAUUUUCAAAAGGGGAGGGAGUGUACGAAUAGGGUUUGGGUCACAGAGAUCACAUGCUUCACAAGGUAAUAAAAUAUCACAAGGCAAAUGGAGGCAGGGCAAGAUCACAGGACCACAGGACUGGGGCAAAAUUAAAAUUGCUAAUCAAGUUUCGGGCACGCAUUGUCAUUGAUAACAUCUUAUCAGGAGAAAGGGUUUGAGAGCAGACAACCCAUCUGACCAAAAUUUAUUAGGUGGGAAUUUCCUCGUCUUGAUAAGUCUGGGAGCGCCACACGAGCCCGGGGCUUAUUUCAUCCCUUAUCUAUGACUGUAAAAGACAGCCGUCCCCAAAGCGGCCAUUUCGGAGGCCUCCCCUUAGGGAUGCAUUCUCUUUCUCAGGGAUGUUCUUUCCUGAGAAAAAGAAUUCAGCAAUAUUUCUCCUAUUUGCUUUUGAAAGAAGAGAAAUAUGGCUCUGUUCCACCCAGCCCACAGGCAGCCAGAGUUUAAGGUUAUCUCCCUUGUUCCCUGAAAUUGCUGUUAUCCUGUUCUUUUUUCAAGGUGCCCAGGUUUCAUAUUGUUUAAACAACUUGUGCAGUUUAUGCAAUUAUCACAGGGUCCUGCGGGGACAUUCAUCCUCAGCUUACGAAGAUGACCGGAUUAAGAGAUUAAAGUAAAGACAGGCAUAGGAAAUCACAAGGGUAUUGAUUGGGGAAGUGAUAAGUGUCCAUGAAAUCUUCACAAUUUAUCUUCAGAGAUUGCAGUAAAGACAGGCGUAAGAAAUUAUAGAAUUAUUAAUUUGGGGAACUAAUAAAUGUCCAUGAAAUCUUCACAAUUUAUGUUCUUCAUCCGUGGCUUCAGCAGGUCCCUCCAUUCGGGGUCCCUGACUUCCCACA